AUGCUUUCCCUGCAUCUCCGGGGGGAGUCCCGGGGUCGACCUGCCGGGGCUGAUGGCAUUCAGACUCAGAGCUGCCGACGGUGCCGGGCCAUCCACUGGACGGGACAGCUCGGGCACAAGACGCUGGCCACGGUCUCGGCAGGAGCAGCAGCCCCCCAGCGGCAGCCCCCCUCGGCCACCGCAUCCAGGAACCUUCCCAUCUCCCUCAGCCUCGCCCUGGUCCCGCCACAGGGGCUGAAGCACUUGCAGGUGGUGGCAGCGGCGGCCGUGGUGCCUACAGCCUUGGGACCGGUCCAGGCACGUGGGACCCUGCUUCGGGCAACGCUGUGGCCCCUCCGAGGCCAGAGAGGCCCCAGCGCUCACCACUGCCUCAUCCUGUCGCUGAAACCCGGGCAGGGGCUCAGAAUGGAAGCGGCUACGGCUGAGCCGAUGUCCCAGGUCGGCCGGUCGGAGGCUGGGGACCGGGAGAGCCAAGUCCAAGAGGCGCCAGAGCGAACUCAGCAGCUGCGGCCACUUCCUCAGCCUUCCGUUUGCUCGCAGAGAGAAGUGAAAUACGUGGGGAUGUGUGCUUCCGCUCAAGGGCAGAGGCCGAGUCCUCGGACCCCGAGACUUCCCCUGGAGCACCCCCCAGGGGACCAAAGGGCCCUCGGGAGUCCCCAGGAAACGGCCAAAGGAGCCCGAGACGAACCCGGAGACCACGAAUCCACAGCACCCUGCACCAAGGACUCGGACAGCUUCUCAUCUUCCUCCUCCUCCUCCUCCUCCCCGGUGGACAAAGCAGUAGAGGAUGACCUUUCCAAACAGUGUGAUACCAUGACAUCGACGGGGGCUCUGGCCACCUCUUCUUCCUCCUUAGGCUUUGAGAGUGACAGUGGUGAGAGCGAAGAAAGCUGCCAGCCCAGAAGCGGAGAAAGGGGGACACCGGGAGGAGGUGGUGGGGUGGGAGCUGGAACAGAGUGCAGUGGCCUGAUCACCAGGUCCCUGGGGGGCAGGGACGCCCCCCCAAAUGAAGACGCUCACUACAUCACCACCCACGAGAUCCAGCUGAGUGAGGUGGAGCAGGACACGGACUUUGACGUGGGACUGGCCUCCCAUUGGGAUUUCGAGGACAACAACGUCAUCUACUCGUUCGUGGACUACGCUUCCUUCGGGGGCAGCGAUGAGACCCCGGGGGAUGUCACCACCCCGACUGAAGAGGACGACGACAACAGCUGUUACCUCAGCACCACUCCCAGCACCCACGCCACCCGGACGCCCAGCCCCACCAGCAGUGACCAGGCCCGCCCCGGUGCGGUCGGCAGCGAUCGGGACACCAGCAGCACGGAAGUGGGCAGCGAUCCCUCGGACAGUGACCCCACACCCCCACCCACGGGGCCUGGCACGGCCACCCCGCGUGAGCUCUUGCCCGAGCCCCCGGAGGCAGCUUCAGGGGCGGCAGCCGUUGCGAGCAGCUGUGGGAGCGCUGCGAGCCAGAUCCUCCUAUCAAUCAAACCGACUUCCCGGGCUAUAAAUGAGCCUAGCAACGUGCGUGCAAAGCAAAACAUUAUUUACGCUGCCAAGCAUGAAGGCGACAUGAGCCUCCGGGUCUCUACAGCUGCUGAACACAAUUCAAGUUCACUGAAGCAAGACCGGGCUGCAGCCGUGGCUCAGGACCAUGCAAAGAAAUUCAUCGCUGUCCCUGCUCGCCUGCAGACCAGGUGCGGGGCCCUCCGAGCGAAGGAGCUGGUGGACUACUCCAGUGGAGCCUCCAGUGCCGUGAGCGAGCUGGACGAUGCCGACAAGGAGGUGCGUAACCUGACCGCCCGGGCCUUCCGGAGCCUCGCUUACCCCUACUUUGAGGCUCUGAACAUCAGCUCCAGAGAGUCCACGCUCUCAGAAGUUGGCUUUGGGCGCUGGUCAACCUUCCUGGACUUGAAAUGUGGAGGUGUUGGGGCCAGGGUGGAGCAGAGUCUGCUCCGGAGCAGCGCCGCCUCGGUGGCUGCAGGGCUGAAGAAGGGCGGAGGGACCAGGCCCAGCGCCGACCAGCUCUACAUCCAGUCCAAGAGGUCCCAGACCAAGGCCUUGGAGUUCGUGGUCAGCAAAGUCGAGGGGGAGAUCAAGCACGUGGAGACGCCCCUGUGCUUCCAGAAGCAGCUCCAGACCGGUGCCCGCGUGGUCACCCUUCUGGAACCCUUGAAUCUGUGCGGGGAGCGCAAAGCCGGCUCUGCAGCUGGGUCCAGCCAAGCGGCCAAGGGACCGAGCAAGGGCCCCGGGUCCGUGUACACGGAUGAUGGCUCGGAGACCUCAGAAGGCAGCAAGCCCACCUCGCGGAGCCAGGGACCCCAGAAGAAGUCUAAGUUUGCUUCCAGCCUACUCAAAAAUGUCAUCUCCAAGAAGAUGCAGCGGGAACACGAGUUCAAAAUGGAGCGGGGGCAGGUCACGGACACAUCCCACAAGAAUCUCCCCAGCGACUCCACGGAGCCGGAGGGCCCCCCUGAGAAGCCGAAAGAGAGGGGCCUGCAGAGGCAGAGCUCGCGCCACUCAGAGGCCGGCUCCGAGUACACGGUGGUCAGCGUGUCUGAUGCAGGUGGGGAGGGCUCUGUGAUCGAGGCCAAAUCCCCCAUUUUCAAGGCCAGUGCUCCCCGGGAGAGCCGUGCCGCCUCUGGCCGGAAUUUUGCAGCGGGCUACCCAGAAGAAGUGUGUGAGAUUAAAAAGAGCGCCUCCGAGACGGUCAAGGGCAUCUUCCUUCGAAGUCAGAACAGUGCCUUUCGGUCAUGGAAGGAGAAGGACCGCGAGAAGGGAGAAGAGAAAGCCAGCAUCGGGAAGCUGCAGCUGCCCAAAGGAGGCGACUGGAGGGCCGACCUGGGCGAGGUCUCUGCCAGCAAGCCCACAAUCAUGUCCCGCCUCUUUGUCCCCAACAUCCAGCAGAUGCCCAAGGACAAGCAGCCAGGGAAGCAGGCCACCAAGUACCCUGCUGCCCAGGCUACCUCCACUGCAGUGAUCAGGCCCAAGGCUCCAGAAAUCAAGAUCCGGCUGGGGAGUGUGCAGCAGCCAAGCGCCGACUUCAACAUCGCCAAGCUGCUCACGCCCAAGCUGGCCAGCGGCAGCGCCUCCAACCUCUUCAAGACCGUUGAGGACAACAGCAGGGCCCAGCAGAAACUCUUCCGCGGGGACAACCUGGACAAAGUGCCCCAGUUCCAGGUGAGAGACGUCAGAGAUAAGUCCAAGGCCCAGGGGCCGCUCCACCAGGUGAGAGAUGUCAGGAAACUAAUCAAAGGGUCAGGGGACAGCAGCGACAAGGGCAGCGUUACCCCGGAGCAGGGGUUGACUGGGCCCAAGCCCAGACAGCUGACUGCUGCAGCUGGCGGAUCCAGAUCCCUAUCCCCGAUGGUGAUUACGUGCCAGGCCAUGGUGAACCAGAGGGAAGACGGCAUGGAGCGAGAGCAGAGGGAGAGCUUGGGCAGCAGGUUCGUGAACUCUUCCCCAGAAGGAACCGUCUUGGUUCACCGGGCAUCUGGCAGGCUGCCCGUGGCCACCAUUGCACCCAACAAGCCAGAGCAAGGCUCCUACCUGCCAGUGCUCAAGAUUGUCUCUAAGACUUCUGCCCAGAAGUCCCCAGAGAAGCCCAAGGACGAGGAGGUCAAGGAAGAGGGGAAAGCCCCAAAGGCAGGCCGGAAUGCCCUGGAGAAGCUGACUGCUGCGGUGAGGUCCAUGGAAGAGAUGUACAGCUUCAACAGAAAGGAGUGGAAGCGCAAAAGCGACCCCUUGCUCUUGAUGGCGGAUAGCCACGUCCUGUCGCUCAUUGCCAGUGAGGAGAGGGGAGGGGCAGGUGGUCCCGAAGGAGACACCACCGACAAGUUGCACAAAAGACUGGGGGAAGUAGCAGAGAGGAGCGCAGGAAGCAAAGGUGGAGUUGUUCUGCGGGGGGCUCCCAUAGAGCGCCUACAGCGGAGAAACUCCAACCCAAGCACCGAGAGUGUGUCCGCUAGGGCUGCGGCCUUUGAGAACCUAGCCAGGGAGAGGCCCCGCUCCCUCUAUAUCCCCCCAGUCCACAAAGAUAUGGAGAGAACUGCAGCCCUGCAGCCCUUCUUACCACACCCCAGCAACCGGAAUGUGCUCACAGUAAGUGCUAGCAGUGCCCAGAAAACGGGGGGUGUCGCUGGCAAGUUCCCACAGGGGCCUUCUCUAGAGAGCCCUUUGGCAGCAAAGGGCAUCAAAUCACAGGGACUUCGGUCCCUCAAGAUCUCGCCAGCCACCAGGGCUCCUCUGGAUGAGGCAGCCAGCAGGAAAAGCGGAAGCAAUUUGGAGAAGGGCACCAGUGACUGCGAGAAUUACCUGACCAUCCCCAUCAAGGGAAGCUCUGCAGCUGGGGAGCUUCCUGGCAGGCUUGGGGCUGGCAGGGAGGGGGCCCCAGCUUCCUCAGGGGCCACUCUCUGCAGCUUACCCCCGCUGAGUGCCCGUAGUCAGGUUCCCAGCGGAUCUAAAGGCUCCCAGGUUAGUGGAACCAGCCGGCCAGCGUGGCGUAGCAAACCUGACAAUCCUCGGGAGACCGUAGCUGCUCGCACUGGGCCACAGAGCCCUGAGCGUGCUCCUACCACCAUCUACCACCAGCAGCCACUGCCCUUUGCCUUGCAGGGGGCCCAGCCCCAGGUCCUCUGCUUCUCCCCACCUGGCAUGCCUGCCCCGGCACCUGCAGGCCCAGCUCCAGUCUCCACAGACCCCUUCCAGCAGGCACCGCCCCAGCAGACCCAGCGCAAGAUGCUCCUGGAUGUGACAACGGGACAGUACUAUCUUGUUGACACGCCAGUGCAGCCCAUGACUCGGAGACUCUUUGACCCCGAGACAGGGCAGUAUGUGGAUGUGCCCGUGAGCUCCCAGCAGCAAGCCAUGGCACCCAUGACCCUCCCCGUGCCUCCCCUGGCCCUGAGUCCUGGGGCCUACGGACCCACCUACAUGAUCUACCCCGGGUUUUUGCCCACGGUGCUGCCCACCAACGCGCUGCAACCCACGCCGAUUGCUCACACUCCAGGGGGCAGUGAGCUGCCUAUCUCAUCAGAGCCCCCCAGCAAAGAGGCAGCAGUGACAUUCAACGAGGCCCCAUAUUUCUUAGCCUCUGGUCAGUCUCCUGCCUCCUCUUCAGCCUCGACCCCAGCAGCCACAUCCCAGCUGGUGGGGGCCCAGGGCUUCACUCAGCUGCAUGGCAAGCCUGUCAUCAGCAUCACUUCGCAGCCACUGGGGCCUCGAAUCAUCGCGCCCCCUUCCUUUGACGGGACUACCAUGAGUUUUGUGGUGGAACAUAGAUGA